GAAAACAAGAGCCACCAGAAAGAAAAUGACCCCAUGUUGUUGCUCUUUCACUUCUUCAACCUCUAUCUCCAAAUUCAUCUCAGAGAGACCACACCUCUCCAUGCUUGAAAAACAAUGUACCAACAUGAAAGACCUCCAAAAGAUCCAUGCCCACCUCAUCAAAACUGGCCUUGUCAGUGACACUGUUGCAGCUAGCCGCGUCUUGGCCUUUUGUGCCUCCCCAGCUGGAAACAUCAGCUAUGCUUACAUGGUUUUCAGGCACAUCCAGAAUCCAAACCCUUUCAUUUGGAACACCAUCAUUAGAGGCUUCUCUGAAAGCCCAACCCCAGAAACUGCAAUCUCUCUUUUCAUUGAUAUGUUGGUCACUUCAGCAAUUGAGCCACAGAGAUUGACUUACCCUUCAGUCUUUAAGGCUUAUGCUCAACUUGGUCUAGCCCAUGAUGGAGCUCAGCUUCAUGGAAGGAUUAUAAAAUUGGGUCUUGAAAGUGAUCAGUUUAUAAGAAACACCAUCAUACACAUGUAUGCAAAUUGUGGGUUUUUGAGUGAAGCAAGAAGACUGUUUGAUGAAGACUUGGAAUGUGACACUGUUGCAUGGAAUUCUAUGAUAAUGGGCCAUUCCAAAUGGGGUGAAGUCAGUGAAUCUAAAAGGCUGUUUGAUAAGAUUCCUUUGAGGAACUCAGUUUCUUGGAACUCUAUGAUUAGUGGGUUUGUUAGGAAUGGGAAGUAUACAGAGGCAUUGGAUCUUUUUAGUGAAAUGCAGAAGAAGAGGGUUAAGCCUAGUGAGUUUACAAUGGUGAGCCUGUUGAAUGCUUCAGCUCAGUUAGGAGCAAUUGGACAAGGGGAGUGGAUUCAUGAAUAUAUAAAGAAAAAUGGUGUUGAAAUGAAUGCCAUUGUUAUCACAGCAAUUAUAAACAUGUACUGCAAGUGUGGAAGCAUUGAAGAAGCUAUUCGUGUGUUUGAGGCAAACCCCAGAAAAGGGUUGUCCUGUUGGAACUCCACCAUCAUGGGGCUAGCCAUUAAUGGUUGUGAGGAAGAAGCAAUUGAGCUAUUCUCAAGGCUUGAAUCUUCAAAUUUUAUACCGGAUGGUGUCAGUUUUCUUGGUGUCCUAACCGCGUGCAACCACUCGGGAAUGGUGGAUAAAGCAAGGGAUUAUUUCUCAAUAAUGAGUGGGACAUAUAAGAUUGAACCUUCAAUAAAACACUACAGUUGCAUGGUUGAUGUGUUAGGCCGAGCUGGACUUCUUGAAGAAGCAGAGGAGCUUAUACAUAGUAUGCCAAUGAAAGCAGAUGCCAUAAUUUGGGGGUCUUUGCUCUCAUCUUGUAGGAAGCAUAGAAACGUUGAAAUGGCUAAAAGGGCAGCAAAUCGUGUGAUUGAAUUGGAUCCAAGUGACAGCUGCGGUUAUGUGCUUAUGUCAAAUGUUUAUGCUGCCUCUAGUCAAUUUCAGGAAGCAAUGAAGGAAAGGCUUUCCAUGAAGCAGCAGAAGAUAGAGAAAGAACCGGGAUGUAGUUUGAUCGAAGUGGAUGGGGAGGUUCAUGAGUUUAUAGCUGGUGGAAGGCUCCAUCACAAAGCCCCAGAGAUUUAUUCUUUGUUGAAUGAGUUGGGAUUCAUGUUACCAGAAAUGGCAUAGGUUAUGAUAAUUUUGUUUCCAAUGACCCAUGAUAUAUAUCCCUGCACAAACUUUAGUUCUUUCUCUUUUCUGUUUUGUUGGUGGUCUUUCAAAAACUUAUAGGUCAUUUACAUACCAACCCUUUUCAGUGGGAAAGCAUGCAAGUGAUUUUCUGUGGUUUUGAACAGAGGUGAAGUAGCCCAACUGUAUUUUAUAUAGGUGCUCUUGCACUUGUUACAUGAUUAUACACAUAAUGAUACAUUAA